AUGAAAAGAUUCACAUUGGUGUCUUUUGUCUUUGCAGGUCUUUGUAUAAACAUGGACAGAAUUGGGUACUUAUUCUAUACAGACUGGAAUUGUAAUUUUACUUAUCAUGACAACUCAGAAAACAGCUUAAGUUCUUAUUCAGCCAUAAAUGGAAAUACUGGGGUUACACCUCCAACUGACACUUCAAGUUAUUUUAAUCUAAUGAUCAUUGUUAUUGUUCUUGUCUGCCUUUUGGGACUUCUUGGGAAUGGAAGGGUCAUUUGGCUUCUUGGCUUCAACAUUAAGAGGAAUCAUUUCACAACCUACAUAAUGAAUCUCUCCAUUGCUGAUUUUGGGGUCCUCACGUGCCUCCUUAGCAUUGCUUCUAUUGCAAUUGCAUUAAAUUGGUAUGAGAGAAGCCGUACUUUCUGCCUCUUCUUUAACACAGUCUUUGAGCUACUUUUCCUCAUUUAUUCUUCCAGCCAGUUUCUGUUGACAAUCAUUAGCAUUGACAGGUGUAUGGCUGUACUCUUUCCAGUUUGGUAUCGAUGUCACAGGCCCCCAUAUCUAUCAACUGUUGUUUGUGCCAUAAUUUGGAUACUUUCCUCUCUGCUCUCUGGAAUUCAUUUCAUUUUUCAUGUCUACUUCGUUAGCAACUGUGCAAUACACGUAUUUACCUUUCAGCUGAUUGUAAAUGUUCUGCUUUGCACUCCUCUCAUGGUCAUUUCCACUCUGAUGCUUUUCAUCAAAGUCUGCUGUAAACUGAAGCAACAGCAGCGAGGAAAGCUUGUUACAACUGUUUUGCUUACACUCCUCUUUUUUCUCAUAUUUUGUUUACCACUUAAUGUGUCUUAUAUAAUCCAUAACCUGGUUUCUGAUUUUCAUGUUGUUCUGCUGAGGUGGGUUGGUUUUGCCUGUGCUUCUGUGAAUAGUAGCAUCAACCCACUGAUCUAUUUCUUAGUCGGAAGGAGGCAAAAGAAGGGACAGGCCAAAGUCCCCAUGAGGGUUGCACUUGAGAGGGUUUUCAAGGAUGAGCAAGAUGCUGUGGAAGAAGAAACCCCUACAGAAGAAAGCCAUGUAUAA